GGUACUUUCAUCCAGAAAAACGUGUGGCCGGGACCGGAUAAACCACGGGCAACACCAUUUGGGGGCUUAGCGGCUGUUCUGUCCCCACAGUUCCUCCCUGGUCCACACCAUCGUGGGUCCUUCCGAGCUGGCAAUUUUCCUUUCAAACCUUUGAUUUUUUCGACGAGACAGCUCACCCUCCUCACCCACCCUCGCACGACGAACCGCAUACGCUCGCGAACCGACCUCUCGGUAUCUCGAUCAAUCCAUCGUUUAGCAAGCCUGAUAUCAGCUACCUGCAUCCCGCAUCACUUCACGUGUAUCAUCAUCUACAGCCCGUCGCGCGCCGACUAUCCCACAACUCAAUUACAGAAUCCCUUUCGUGACUUGUCCACGACAGAUCGAUCAGCAACUACCGAACCACCAAAAAAUACCACCACCCCUGCGCGCUGUUUGCAACCCCCAAACACUUGCUCAUCACCAAAUACCUUCACUGCGCAUAAUUAACCAUGCCUUCGAAUCUACCAUCAAGCUUCGCCUCGGCCGCCGCCGGCCAAAACGCCAACCGCGACGCGAGAGGCGGUCGACAGGAUGGACGUGGAGCUGGCAGCGGGGAAUGGACUCGACGUGACGGUAGAGUUAACGGCACCCUGACCUUCCGACGAUCCUCGACAACUCCCGGCCAGCCAUCCCAACCCGCAGCCUCGUCCGAAAACGCCUACUCCUCGACACCGCUCGAUUCCGGCGCAGUUCCUCAGACACCUGGCGCUGCGACGUAUGACUAUCCACCCCCUUCACAGUACCAGAAGGACUCGAUUGUCGGUGUGUACAAGAACGGUGCGGCGGAAAUAGACGCUUCCAACGUGUUUGAAUCGGGAUGGACUCCGGGACACACAAACGGAAGUGCUGCGCGAGGUUGGGGAAAAACCAAUAAUAAUCACAAUUCGCAAGAUCCUGCUGCCUGUUGGAACAACCGGGGCGACAGUAACCCCGUUGCUGUCAACGGCAUGUCUGAAGAGGAGAAGGAGGCAUUCGCAACCGAUGUCAACUCUACUCUGAAGCCUCCUAUCCAGAACAAGGAGGGUACCCAGGGGCCGGGACCAAAUGGGCGCAAGGCUUCUCUAUCGCAUGGCAGCGCCGCUGGAUAUGGAUUGCAAUCGCCAUCGUCUGCCUCAAGACCUGGAACCCGGCGCCGAGAGACGACGGAUUCCAACCCUUUUGGCAGCGGUCCCCUCGCUUCACCGAGUGCCACACGAUUCGCUCGCGAUGACCAACAGUCUUUCCUGUUUGGUCGCAAGAACAACGACGUCAAGGAGCAGGAGCCCGGCGAGGAUGAAGGUGCUGGGCAGCCGCAGACCAAGCCGCCCUUUGGAAACCUGACGCGUAGCAACACGGCGGGUAAUCCUUCCAUGGGUGCCAAUAUCAGUUCUCUCUGGGGAUCUUCUUCUCAGACACCUUCAGCUGGGGGUGCUGUUAGUGGCGGCGGCGGCGGCGGUGGCAUGGGUAGUUUCGGCCAAUUCGCUUUGCCCACUCCAACUUCGACUAUUGGCGGUGGCAACCGUGGUGGAAGUCGCUUUGCAAACCUCAUGAACAAGGAAGGCACCGAAAGCCCCGCAAACAAGCCUAACGAGGCUUCGACCCCUGAAGCGACCCGAUCUUGGCGAUCUCGGCCCCGAACCGACACUGACCCCUUCGGCGGAGACGACAACUUGUCAGGCAGCGCCGCACUUGGAGGCGCUCAAGACACCAGUCCCCCGCCAAUGCCCAACCCUAGCAACAUUGGGAUGUUUGAGACACCGGUCAAAGGUUCGACGGGAGACUUUGGCAUGUCUGGACUGAACCUGGGACGCCCUGCGGAAAAUGAGCCAGGCCCCGCGAGCCCGUCGGAGACGAACCCGUAUCGCAGCCCACCGGCCGACCGAAACGAAUCGCAGGAGGAAGGAUCAGGCGAAAAGCAUCACGGCGGUGUGGCUGUCGGCGCUGAACAGAAUUCUAGCUUCGGCACUGUGUCGCGCGGCUUCCCGACUCAUGCUUUCGACGGCAGCGACCGCAGUCAGACUAGCAGCGCUGGGCCUCGAGGUUACGCCUCAGGCUGGCCUGUACCUUUGCCUACGGGCACUCCCGACCGUGAGCGCGCCGGCUUCGGCGGAGUUUUCGGCAAUGCUCUCUUUAGUCCCAUGGGCACUGAUCUCCAGUCUCCAGGGUUGUCGAGCAUCGGAGCUGGCGUUUUCGGUCCGGCUAGUGCUGGCGGCUUCGGUGGCCCCGGUACGAUCGGUCGCAGUAAGCUGGGUUCUCUCUUCCCAGCUGCCAUGCAAGCACAAAUGCAAGGACACGAGCAGGAGAACUUGAGUGACUCACUGCCCGACCUUCGACAGAGCAAUCCUCUCGGCGCAAUCGGUCGCAACAAUUUCAAUGUUGCGCCAAGGGACACUGGAAGCCCUCUGCGAAGUGGCCGUGGAGGAGUCUUUGAGGAAAUGUUCCCCUCUGACCCAACCCGAACCCACAGCGGUUUCGGAGGUUCAGACCACCCUGGCGCUACGGGUAUCGGUCACCCCCAAGCAUUCACCCCCGGAGCAUCCACCGGAGGCGAAUUCGGAUCGACUCCGGUGCGCCAGAUGGUCAUGCCUGACCGUAUGCGCUGGGUCUACCUUGACCCUCAAGCACAGGUCCAGGGCCCUUUCAGCGGUCUGGAGAUGAACGACUGGUACAAGGCCAACUUCUUUACCCCCGAUCUGCGAGUCAAGAAGGUCGAGGACCCUGAGUUUGAGCCUCUUGGACAACUUAUCCGUAGGAUUGGAAACUCUAGAGAGCCAUUCCUCGUUCCCCAAAUUGGCAUCGCCCAUGGCCCCCCGUCUCAAGCCGGACCGUUCUCUCCCAGCGGCGGUAACACUGGCGUCAUUCCUCCCCUCAGUGGUGUUUUCCCCAGCUUUGGUAGAACUUUGACUGCGGAGGAGCAGAACAACCUGGAGCGCAGGAAGCAGGAGGAACAGCAGGCAAUGGCACAACAGCGAGACUUUAUGAUGAGGCAGCAAGCUAUCACCCGACUGCAAGGUCAAGGCCCAGGUGGUGUCUCAGGUUCCUUGCACCACCAGCACAGCGCUCACAGCUUGCAGAGCCAACCUAGCUUCGGCAGCAUAUCCUCGCCGAUUGGUCCUCACACCCAGCAGCCGCCCAUCGGAGGCGGGGCUGGACCGACGUCUGGGUUUUUUGACUCAGCUGCCCAGCAGGGAUCUACUCAACCGCCUGUUGGUUCCGGACUCGACCAUUUUCGUGAAGAGGAGCUUGCCACACUGAACGCUUCCGAGCGCCAGAUGCUUGCGAACGUUCAAGUCCCGCCCAGUCUUGCAGGUCUUUUCAAUCAACAACCGGUCGGCGCUCCCGCGAGUGAGGGCAUCCUCCGGAACCACCUUCCUGGCACUGAGCAGUUGGACGAGGACGAAGAGGGCUUCCGCGAGCGCUUGAAGGAAUUCGAGGACAUCCGUGCCGAACGCGACUCCGAGCAGUCUCAAGAAGCUACGACCAGCCAGAGCAUCCAGGAGGAUGUUGCCCAAGAUAUUUCCGCGCCGGCCAUCGCCCAAGCUAUCAGCAACGAACAGCACAAGUCGUCACCCGCCCCUGGCAUGAAGGAGAUCAUGGAGGAGGAGCAUCAGCUUUCUUUGACUCAACGGGUCCAACAAGCUCAGGCUGCCGCCGAAGCUGCGAAGAAUGCCGCCGCUGGCCUUCCCAUGCCGUUCCCUCCCCCUUUGCCUGCGGCUGGAACACCUCUUCCGGCCCCCACGGCCCAGCGUGUCCGUUCCAACCUGCCUGAACAGUACAACCGUUCUCAGACUGGAACUCCCGACACUGGGUCCGCUACUGAGCCCCCGCCAUUGGCUCCUUGGGCCAAGGAGGCUGCGAGUCGCAAGGGACCUAGCCUGAAGGAGAUCCAGGAAGCCGAAGCGCGCAAGGCUGCCAAGGCUGAGGAGCUUGCCGCCGAGCGCCGCCGUGUGGUCCUCGAGCAAGAAGCUGCGACUCUUAGAGAGCGCGAGAAGGCUAUUGUCGCUGCUACCGGCCUGCCUACCACCAGCACCUGGGGUAACGGCUCCCCAGUGGCCGCCGCCAGCCCCUGGACCAAGCCUGCCGUUGUCAAACCUACUCCGGGCACCAGCACCCCCAGCAAGCAGAAGACUCUUGCCGACAUCCAGCGUGAGGAGGAAGUCAGAAAGCUCAAGGCCAAGGAGGUUGCCAUCCAGACCGGACUGGCGACUGUUGCUGCCGGCAAGCGCUACGCCGACCUUACAACCAAGCCCAAUGCCGCUCCUGGCCUUGGACAGCCCAGCACGCCAGCCCCGGCUCCUGGUCCCGGCUGGGCUACCGUCGGAGCCGGCGGUAAGGUCAAGGUGCCCACUGGACCUGCCUCUCAGACGAGAUCGGUCAGUGCUGCUGGCAUGAAGCCGGUCCCGGUUGUCGCCAAGCCGGCGGCUAAGCCUGUCGCCACCGCGGUUGCGGCUGCUCCUGCUAAGGGCAAUGUCGCAAUGGACGAGUUCAACAAGUGGCUCCACCAUGAGCUGUCCCGCGGCCUUAACGGAGUUGAUGUGGACACUUUUGCCGGCAUCCUUGUUGAACUGCCCCUUGAGGACGGUAUCAUUGCAGACGCCGUUUACGCUAACUCCAAGACGAUGCAUGGAGCGCACUUUGCUGAGGAGUUUGUUCGCCGCAAGAGACUUGCCGACAAGGGCAUUGUUGAGAAGCAGGGCGCUGUUGAUAGUAAGACGGGCAGCUCUUCUAGCGGAUGGAACGAGGUUGCCAAGAAGGGCGGCCAUAAGGAGCAGCCUCCUGCUGCCACUGGAGACGCUGGCAUUCAGGGCGCGGGCUUUAAGGUUGUGCCCACCCGCAAGAAGGCGGGAAAGAAGAGCAACUAGGAGCAGCCUGCCGCCAAGAAAGCGGGAAAGAAGAACAACUAGGAAAUACUGUGGGACUCCCGCGGCGGAAGAUGGCCUGAGAAUUGCUAACUGGACGAUGCUUGGCGAUGAUGUCUCGAUGGCGAAGUUGUGGCUCUGGAUUACUGUUAUUGGUUUACAGCGUCAUGUAAGCGGUCUAUUGUAGCGAUAGGUAGCAUGUCAAAAAGCAUUGUUGUCCGCG